GUUCACUAGUCACAAUUGAAAUCUCAAUAAUUGAACUGCUUAUCAGAUUCUAAAUUUUAAAAACCAUAAAAUCAAAGCUCCUUUAAAAAUUUAAUCUCACCCUUCCUUUCUCUUCCCAUCCGUUCGUCAUCAUCAUAUUGUUAUCUUUGCGCGGCCAAUCCGAAAUCCUUUUAAAAUACGGGUCGAAUCUUCGAAAGAAUCCAAUUUCCAGUAUCCGAUACUCUAAUAUUUAAGCUUCAAAUUCACGUGUCGGAUCCUUGGGUUUUGGUCUCUCUUUUGUUUUCCAGGUUCGUCUGUAAUGGCUCAAGCGUCUGGGAGGGGAAGAGUGGUAGGGGACUAUUUAGUUGGCCGGCAAAUCGGGUCGGGUUCGUUCUCGAUUGUUUGGCAUGCGAGGCAUCGAGUUCAUGGAACCGAGGUGGCGAUAAAGGAGAUCGUAAUGGGUCGGCUCAAUAAGAAGUUGCAGGAUAGUUUGAUGUCGGAGAUCUUUAUUUUGAAGAGAAUUAAUCAUCCUAAUAUUAUUCGACUGCAUGAUAUUAUUGAGGUUCCUGGAAAGAUACAUCUUGUAUUGGAGUACUGCAAGGGCGGUGAUCUUUCUAUGUAUAUUACACGCCAUGGAAGUGUCCCUGAGGCAACAGCAAAGCAUUUCAUGCAGCAGCUAGCGGCUGGCCUACAAGUUCUUCGUGACAAUAAUCUUAUACAUCGGGAUCUAAAGCCUCAGAAUCUUCUUCUCUCAACAAAUGAUGGCAAUGCAGUUUUAAGGAUUGCUGACUUUGGAUUUGCAAGAUCUCUGCAACCUAGGGGGCUUGCAGAAACAUUAUGUGGUUCACCACUUUACAUGGCUCCAGAGAUAAUGCAACUGCAGAAGUAUGAUGCAAAGGCAGAUCUCUGGAGUGUUGGUGCUAUUUUGUUUCAGCUUGUUACUGGGAGAACUCCAUUCACUGGAAACAAUCAAAUACAGUUACUCCAGAACAUUGUGAAAUCAACUGAGUUGCAUUUCCCUGUAGAAAACAAUUAUUUGACUGCUGAUUGCAAAGAUUUAUGUCAAAAAUUGCUGCGCCGUAAUCCAGUGGAACGUUUAACAUUUGAAGAGUUCUUUAACCACCCGUUUCUUUCUCAGGGCCAACCAGACGAAUCAUUGAGGAGUCAGAGAUUUUUAAGAGCUGCUUAUCCUUUUUCUGAAAGCAGUACCGUAAGGAAUACUGAGGAAAGCUUUCAGGAGGACUGCCUUCCUUUCUUUCUGGAUGACGAUUCUACUGGUCCUGAAGGGAGCCCUUCCUUUGCAAAGAAGAGGUCCUCAAUGAAAUCUGCUCAUGGAUUUUCUCCCGAUGCAAAAGAUAACAGAGAAGCAGCAUCUAAUCCUUUGAAUAAAGUGGAUUUUACAUCCAAAUACAUUACAAGACAUAAAUCGGAAAAUACUAGUUUUAGACUUGAAAGCCACAAGGUUUCAGGUCAAACUCUACAUGAACCCCACAAAUCCAUGGAUCAAAGAUCUCUGAAUACUCGUUCAAGAGUUGGAGAAUCACUGGAGUUGAUUGACCAAGAUUAUGUUCUUGUGUGUGGACCUCCCAUGGAUGUGUCAUCUUCUUCAGCUAGCACUUCCAAGCCUAACCAUAUUCUAUACAAAUCAGAGAGUCCACCUCUAAUCCCCUUUACCAAUAACAAUGCAUCAACUGCCCCCAUGCCUAUCAUUGGUGCCAGCAAUGUUAACAUCUGUCAUGUAGGAAGCUUGGAAAGUCAGAGCUCUGCUCCUGGGACUUCACAAGGAUCCAUGGAUAUUGGAGAUGCUCUGGAGCAACCAUUAUCUCAUCGCAUGACAAGGAUAAAGUCAUUACAGCAAUGUGCAUCUUCAAUUACAGAACUAGUGCAUGAAAAGAUUGAGGCAGAUAGACAACUUGAAGCAUUCUCAAUCCAGCUUGUGAUUCUUGCAAUUUGGAAGCAAGCAUUGGAUAUUUGCCAUACACAGGCUGCAUCAUUUAUGGAAGGAAGUCCAAGCCAAGAGAUAAGCAGAUUGAGGAGGAGUGCCAGCAAGAAGCAUGGAACAUCUGAUACAGAGGAAUGUCAGGAUGUUGUCAGCCCCAAAGGGCCAGAAGAUAUAUCCUCUGAGAUAGAGAGGGAAUUUCUCCGGGAAGUUGAGCAUGCUGAGGAACUCGCAAAGGUUAUUGAGCCUGGAAGUACAAAGAUGCCUGAUGCAAUGGAGACAAUAUUUCAGGCUGCCCUUGCUUUGGGAAGACAUGGAGGGGUUGAUGAGCUCAUGGGUAAUAUGGAAAGGGCAGCUUUUUUGUAUUCAAAGGCAGUGCGUUUAUUAGUCUUCCUUCUAGUCGAAGCACCUUCUCUCAUUCUCAAUCCCCCAUUUUCGCUCACAAACUCAGAUCGGGACAGACUUCGAACUUACAUUGAUUUUCUUAGAAACAGGCAAGUUUGCGCAAGAUCUCAGGGGAUGGCUGUUCUCAAGUGCAAGGAUCGGCCAUAGAGUCGAACAAAUUUUUUUUAACUCGUGUUCCUGAUGACUUACGCUGUUUCAUUGUGUAAAAAUAUUUAUUUGUACAGUUAUUCUUUUGAGUAACAGGGAAUUGGGGUGUUAACAUGGGUCAACUGUAUCCUGUUUAGAUGGUGUAAUAUUCUUAUUUCUGCGAUUAAAGAAUGAUAAAUGGUUAGAAGUGCCAUCUUUUUCCACUUGGUAUGCUUUUGUUUUCAGUUCCCUUAAUAUGCAACAGUUUGAUGGCUACUGUUUGAUCCAUAUGGUGAAUACAUAUUGUUACAGUUCAAUGGAUUGGAUUUGAAGCAUAGGAGAUUCAAAACAUUUUUUUUUGAACAGAAUACAUAUAUCAUCAUUUUGUUGCAUAUAAUACGGUGUGAAACAGUUGAACAGUGGAAGUUUUUGGCAGGCAAGAGGCGAUAUGGUUGAAUGUCUUGUAAAACACUGAAGGAAAAGUCGUCUCGCGACAGAGAAUGAAGAGAGCUCGCUAGCCUUCGAUAGUGGGACGGCGGGACCUGGGACGGAACUAAUUUUGACUUGACGCGAUGUGACAAACAAAACGGUCUUUGCUGUUGAUGCGAUGUGAUAGAAAUUCAAUGGUUUUCAUGGAUUCUUCAAACUCAGCAGCGGUCGCUGAUGUGUGCGGACUUGGGGUGGUCCUUGGAAGUUGUGCUAGUUACAUUAUAAAAUCCAAGCUUCAUAGGAAUCUUAAGGCAACCUCAGAAGUUCUGAAACUAAACCCAGUCGCCAUGACAUCCCAAACCUUAACAUCCCCGAAUUCAACUGUUUUUCUAUUUCUUUUGAUAUUUUCCUCUACCUUUCACAUUGUUUAUCAAAAUCCAUAUUAUUGAUUUUACUUAUUUUAAUCUAGAUUUGACAACUUUGUAACCU